GUCAGUCGUGACAUACUGAAGUAUUUUAUAAACUUUAUUUAGAUUUGUUCAAGAACAAAAUAUAAGGUCUGUUUAAUACGCCUUUGGGUUAAAGAAAGUAUAAAAUUAUUUUUAUUUUGGAAAAAUGACAACAUGGGAUAAUGAAGAUUUUGAAAAUUUUAUUGAAUUUCUCAAAGAAAGGGAAUAUCUGUAUAAUCGAAAUCAUCACGACUAUAAAAUUUAUACUGUUGUGAAAGAAUGUUCUCAAUUUGGGAGUUCUUUGAAUCCGCCGAGAACUAGUAAAGAAGUUUUGGAUAAAAUAACUGCGAUUCGUAAAGAUGUUAGAAUAAUUAAACAAAUAGUAGCAGAUCAAUCUAGUGAAUAUAAUAUAACUGACACCGAAAAAUUUAAAGAAACUGCUUUAACUUUAAAGUUUAUGUACUCAGCUUUAUUUGGAAAAAAUCCCAAAGCAAUAGCAAACUUAGAUUCAUUUCUCGGAAAAACUUUGAAAAGAAAAUCAACUAAAGAAGAUGAAUCAAAGUCAAAAAAGCAACGCAAAUAUCAAACAAUCGAUGAAGAUAGAGAGACAAACACAUACGAAUGCAUAGAAAUUCUUAAAGAUGGAGAAGAAUAUCUUGAAGAAAUUACUGAUUCAAAUCAAAAAAAUUAUCUUAUAGAAAAUCAGGUAUACCAUGACGCAAAAAAAAGUUUCACGAUAAGUGAUACUGACACAGAUCUAAUGAUAGAUAGCAUCAGUACAAUUGAAGAAUCUGCAGAACAAAACCAUGAGAGCUUAGAUUUAGGACAUAUAGAAAUUACCAUUGAUCAAGGAAUAGAUGUUUUCCAUGCAGAUAAAAUCGAGAACGAAGAUGUGUUUUUGAGAAUCAUAGAUUUUAUUCAAAGCAAACCCUAUUAUUAUAAAAAAGAUUCAGACUUAUAUGAAAACAUCGAGUUGAAAGAAAAAGAAUUAUAUGAUUUUGGAAGAACAUUUGAGCCACCUAUGUCAAGUAAGAAACUGAUGGUUAUGAUAGAAGACAUUGUGAAAAAAUUUCAUAACUCAAUCGAAAAGCCUGACAGUGAAAAAUGGAAUUUGUUUAACCAAUGCAAGUUUCUCUUAAGUGACACAAGAAAUAACGUAGAUAAUAUAAAAAACGAUAUUAAAUACAUCCCAAAAAAGAACACGGAAGCUAAGAGAACUAUAAAAGAAGAUGUGAAGUUAUUGUUUGAUGUUGUAACUUUUAUUGAAGAUAAUACCUGCUUCUACGAUGAACAUGAUGAAGAUUUUUACAACUUUAGUAAAAAAGCCGACAUGAUAGACCGAUUUAAAUCCGCUUUGCAAUGUAAAUAUAGUGAACGUGAUAUAGAAAAGAAGUUAGAGUAUGUUCAAGAACGUAUAAACAAACAAAAAAAUAAUAAAUUUGGUGAAAACUUUGUUUUUGUCCAAGAUUCUUUUGAAAAGUUACAGAAUGUUGAAGAAACAAAUAUGCAAAGAAAAGAUUCAUUACCAUUAAUUAACGAAGAUAAUAGAGAUCCAAAGAAAAAGACAGCUACCCAUUGUGUGGCAUCUGUGCAGUGCAAUUUAUAUGAAGAACAUUUGGAACAAAAGAUUAGAGAGCUGGCUGCAACAAAUCGUAACUGCAAUUGCAUUGGAGAUUUACUUCAUUCUUUAUUUCAAAAUGAGGAAAAAAAUGUUUCUGAUGCAGUAUUUUCAGAUACCUUCCAAGAAGCAUGUAAGACUGAAUUGGAUAAUUCAAUUAAAGAGGAAAUUGAUGAAGAUAACCAAAUCGGCAAUUUCCUAAUUGAAGUCGAUUUUCCAGAUUUUUCUGAUAUUUCAAGUGAUGAUGGUUUAGUCGAAAUUCCUUUUGAGGAAUUCAUUCCACAAAUAAAACCAAACAAACUACCAAAUGGAAAAUAUUCUUGCGAAGAAUGUAAUGCAACGUUUGAUGACUAUGCACAUCUUAAGGCACAUGACCAAAUUCACGGAGAAAAAUCGCUUGUAUGUUAUAAAUGUGGGAAAGUUAAUAAAUAUUAUAGGAAAUUACGCUUACAUGAAAAUAACUGCAAUCCGGAAGGCAACAAGAAUUGUUAUGAAUGCAAUGUUAUAUUCAAAAAUCAUUUAAAUUACUAUGAUCAUCAAAAUCAAUAUCACACGAAAUCGAACCCUUAUAUUUGCGUUUGCCGACAAGCUUUUACAUCAUACAACAAAAUUAUAACUCAUUUAAAUAGAAGCGACUGCGGUGCUAUAGAUGAUUGUGUCUUACCAGAAUAUGUAACAAAGCAUUUUGUAAAAGGUUUUCUUGAACAGAAAUAUGAGGAUGAAGAUGAGUUUGUUAAAACAAUGGAAAAAACUAAAUUUUGGUGCAAAAUUUGUAAAAGAAAUUACGUUCGCAAUGAUGUUUACACAAAACAUUUUACAAGACAAUUUCAUCUGAAUGCAGAGAGAGAAUGGCUGAAGAAUUUUAACAUUGAAAAAAUAUUUGCUUGUGACUACUGUAAUAAUGGAGACGAGCCCACAACGUUCAAAAAUUUACAUCAGUUAGUUGUUCACCGACAUGCAGCUCACCAUAAAUGUACCUUAAAAGACUUUUUUGAAGAGAUGGAAAAUAUAGCUUCAAGUGAAAAACCUUUAGAAUUACCAUUCGAAAUAUCACUUGUUUCUCUUGUUUGUAGAAUUUGUGAUUCGAAAUAUGAUAUGAAUUUGUACGCAAAACAUUUUAGAAGUAAAGAACAUCAAAAACAUGAAAGAAGCUGGUUAAUAAAUCAUAACAUAAAAUUAUUUGCAUGUGAUAUAUGUUCUGAAGAAUUUGAUCGUUUAAUUGCUUAUUUAGAACACAAACAUGAGUUUCAUUUGGAAUGGCCUACAAACAAAUUACUUAAAGAAAUUGAAGGAAUUGAUAUUGAAUUGAUUGGAAAAAAAUAUUAUAAAUAUUACUGUUCUAUUUGUGAUUAUAAAACAAAUAACAGAAGAUUUUACGCAAAUCAUAUUUUGAUUCAUGGUUCACAUUAUAAAUGUGCUUGUGGCAAAACAUACAAGACGCAUGAAAAAUUUACAUCUCACCGACUUUAUACAAAAUGUUCUAACAAUGGGUGUAUAAGAUUUAGUUCAAAAAAUGUUUUUAAAUAUUUAAAUUAAUGGAAGAUAAAAAAUAAUUAUAGAAUAUAAGCGCAAAAAUUUACUCAAAAAUUUUG